ACAGAUGAGAGCCAAACGAGAAUAUUUCUAUGCAGGAACUCAUAGCGAUCUUAGGUUACCCCUAAUGAAGAAGUCUCCAGAAAUUAAUAAUGUCUGACAAGUACAAGAAAAUGAGUACUUGCUAAGAUAUUACGAAAGGUGGUAUGAAAUGGGAAACAAUCAAAACAAGCUGCGGAAGGUGCAAUCGGUGCCGGACACACAGGCUCUAUCACCUGAUGCCAGCUUCAUUCGCGAAAAGUCUCGCAGCUCUCAGCGGCUAACCAGCCCAAAACAGAAGGAGAACAAGGGGGCAAAAAGUGCAGACAAAACAGAUAACAAAAUCCCCAUCACAGAAGCACUGUUUCUUCCACAUUUUCCAGUCAGAGGGGAAAUUGAAGAUCACGAUUUUGAGGUUGUGGAAGUAAUUGCUCAAGGAGCAUUUGGCAAUGUUCUGAAAGUGCAAAGAGAAGAUGACAAGCAGUUCUAUGCCAUGAAAGUACUUGACAAGCAGCAGAUUAUCAAGGAAAAUGCUGUACAGCAGUGCAAGGAUGAGGCUGCCAUUCAGUCAAUGGUUGGAGAGCAUCCUUUUAUAGUAAAGGCCCUAGAGUAUUGGCAGUCUCGCAGGAGUCUAUAUAUAGUGUUAGAAUACAUUCCGUUUGGGGAACUCUUCACAUUGUGGACAUUCCAUGGAGCAUUUCCAGAAAAGUUGGUUCAGAUCUACUCUGCUGAAAUGGCGAUAGUGUUAGAUUACCUGCAUAAUUCUGGUGUGAUCUAUCGAGAUGUCAAGAUGGAAAACAUUCUGUUGGAUUCCAGAGGUCACAUGAAACUGACUGACUUUGGGCUUGCUAAAUGGCUUCAGGGUGGAAGUCAGACAAGAACUGUUUGUGGAACACUGCAGUAUAUGGCACCAGAGGUCUUGUCUGUCUACCCUUAUGACCAUGCUGCAGAUUGGUGGUCUCUGGGUAUCCUCAUGUACGCUAUGCUGGUGGGGAAGUACCCAGUAGAAGGAGCAGACAAUCAUACAAACAUGGCUCAGAGAGUGUUUGACUGCGCCUACCUGCUUCCUAGCAGCUACAGUGAUAAGGCUCAAGAUGUUGUUAACAGGCUGCUAACAAAAAGCCCUAAGCGACGGCUUACUAGUCUGGAUAUUUUGCAAGAUUUGCCAUUUUUCAGAGACCUGGUAUUCACAGACCUGCUUGAUAAAAAGUUGUCACCCAUAGAUUUUGUGCCUGAAGAUUUUUUCCCAAUGUCUGGUAUGAGCUGGGCACCUCAUCUUGUUGAAAACCGAGAAAAGGACCUGUUUGAAGGGUUUGACAGUACAAACUGCCGUUGGAACCUCCCGCCUGAUGCCGUACCUGUUUUUGUCUGAAUGCCAAGAAAUGAAAAUUUUUCGAAAGUUAUGUCUCGCAAUCUGCAGGUCAGGUUGGUUUUAGAGAUCUUAGCAGGAGCAGAGAACUGCCGAUGUCAGACUUGCCCAGGUGUAAGGAGUGAGGAUAGAUGGUGGACAUCAGAGGAGGCGACUGUGACACAACCUUUAUUCUCUCCUGAACCGCAAUAACCUCCUCACAAAGCUAAUGUAGCCAGGAGCUGGAUUACAAUCCUUUCAUUUCUAGCAGAGAGAAGCUUCUAUGGUGUGACUGCCAUGUAUAGUCUUCUUACAGUAAGGGCAGCUACUGAGAUUGAAACAAGAGUCCACACAAAAAAUGAGGUGUCAGCAGGGAAGGGUUUUAGCUGACCUCAGGAUGUCCUUAUUUGUAUCACAAGUGCAUCUAAAGGAUAAGUACAAACAUCGUGGGAGUGCCUUAGCAAUUACUGCAGCAGGCCAAAAUGUGAAAAUGUGUUUAGGAUUUUCAGACUCAAAGUGUUUCAGAAGAGCAUCUUCCAUUGUGCUCAUCCAUGGAAGCUGAUGCAAGAGAGGCAGAUAAUGUUGAUUGAAGUGCCCCAGUGAAUCAUAAUAUUGUGCCUGAUCAGCUGAUACAUGCUUAAGUGUACAGUGUAUCAAGGAACCAGUGCUGACACUUGGCAUGCUAAUGUACAGGCCUACCUAUGAGAUCGGUACUCACUUCUUUUAAAAGCAGCAGUUAAUUUUGCUCGAGUAAUACAAGAGUACAAUAUGCAGAGUUUAUUUACCAGGUGAUAUUUAUAUUUGCCUUUUUGUGUGACGUUGUGAGUUUACCUGUGCCUUGGCUAUUUGUGUUUACCACCAUAUCCAGUGUGAACCUAGUGAGAAUGUAGGCAGUGCUUGCAACACCACCUUGGCCAGUUUAUCUGCCUAACAUUUUCCAUACAUUAUGCACAUCUCAUUAGUAUAACUAGUAAAACAGUUGGUCAUUUCUUCUACUGUUUUUGAAAGUACAAAAAUUUUACCUGUCAUGACCCCAAAAAGUGCUUAUGAUGGAUGUAAACUGCUACCACUUUUUUUUUAAAAUCCUAUAUCUAAUGUUUUCCUAAUAAGAUCAUUGAACAAACAUCACAGCAAGAUGAUCCAGAUUAAAUAUCACUUUAGUUAAGUGCAUGCAACAAUGCAUUUUGGAAUGUGGAAAUAUGUUGAACAGGAAAUCAUCAACCAUAUAUACAUGCUAUUAUGGUAACUGGCAUGUUUACCUAAAUCUGUCAUACAACCCAGUACCUAUUGAGGAACUUGACAUUUUGUUGCUUGUCAUCUGUAAAAAAUGCAUCAAUAGAUGGUUGUGGAGUGUAGCAGCAAAUAACUACAAUGGUUUUCUCCACUUGACACAAAGUCCGUCUGCCUUAUGUGUGCACAUAUACACGUGCAUGCAUACAAGAAAAAUGAGAGAAAAAUACAUGUAUUAAAACUUUUUAUCAAAGGUGAUAUAUGAUCUGCUGCCCAGUGUAAACUUGGUUGUAAAUAUUUGUAAUUGUAUUUAUUUUGCAGUUUUUUAACUUUUUACUUGCUAUUAAAAGAGCAUGGCUAGCGUAUUCCAAGGGUUUGUAGGCCAGUAGAGUGGAAACAUGAGAAAAGCAUAAUUUUUGUCUAAAGGCUUUUAUUUCAAUUGUGUCAUUUUAUAUCAGUAUUCUGUAAUGUGCUGUAGAACCAGAAGUGUUCUGUGUUUUAGAAGAAUCUGAUGUUUCCACAGAUUUUAGGAUUGAUUUUAUGUGCUGUAAAAUGUUCCAUUGUUACGGAUGUGUGUCUAUGUACAAUUUAAUGUAGGAGUCCCUGGCUUAGCGAGGGAACAUUUGUCACGAAGACAUUGAGACGUGGGUCCAGAUCUCAUCUCUGGAAUACACAUUUUAUCUCAGGACAUGGCACCAGUCCUCAGAACUUACUAUAUUAUUGUUGUAACAUUAGUUUUUCACUCAACACAUAAAGGAACCACAAAAUGCAUCAGUGUUUUUCAGGCUACCGAUCUCUUUUAAAAUGAGUUACCAUGUGCAUCUUGCUUGCCAUGGUCUAGAAUGAAAGGACUAAAUGGAUUCUUCAAUGAAACGUUUUUGUGUAGAUGGCAGCAGAUUGGUACCUCAUUACAUGUCUUCAUUAAACUGGAAAUCUGA